ACUUACUUUUGUGUUCCGCACUGUCUCCAUCUUCCUCGCGUCACACGCCUUGCGACGUGACUAACCUCACCAUCACAUAUCUGGCGUCCGCGAGACAGGACUGCUCUUGUUCCAUCUAAGAAGAGCAUCACAUCGCAUAUGUGUGUGUGACGGUCGAUGAUGGAGGCAGAUAAGCUGACGGCAAUCGGAAAGGAGUUAGGGUUGAGCGGCUCAGCACUAAAAGAGUGGAUGGACCAAGAACGCGCACGCGAAAAAGAGGCACGUGACGCUCGUCUAGCUGAACGCAAUGCCGCGAAAGAAGCCGAGGCGGAGGCAGUCGCUAGAUUAAAGGCAGAGAAGGAAGUUCUAGAGCUGAAGUUAAAGUUGCAUGAGUUAGGUGCGACAGCAGGUAGAACAACUACUGGGCAGCUUCCCGAGGCUGUACCCGUAGGCACCACGCAGAGCUACCAAAGUCCACAUAAGCUCAUCCCCGCCUUUAACGCUGAACGCGAUGAGCUGGACGCAUAUAUACAGCGGUUUGAGCGCGUCGCUACGAGCCAAGACUGGCCACAAGACAAAUGGGCCCUAUCACUAAGCCUUUGCUUGACCGGAGAGGCCUUAAGUGUUGUAGGUAGGAUGGCACCCGAGCAUGCCAUGGACUACGCGACGUUGAGGAAAACGCUACUACAACGCUUUAGGUUCACCGAAGAAGGCUAUCGAACAAAAUUUCGAUCAGCGAAACCGGACAAUUCUGAAACGGGCACGCAGUUUGCCGGGCGUUUAUUAGGUUAUUUUGACCAUUGGCAAGAAAUGGCCAAAACAGAACGGACCUACGACGCUCUACGAGACAAAAUCGUCUCCGAACAGUUUCUCGCACAAUGUCAUGAGAAACUCACUGUGUUUCUUAAAGAAAGAAACUGUGAAGGUCUUGAUAAACUUGCGGAGGCUGCAGACCACUACCUGGAGGCACAGGGGUUGAUUAACCUUGGCAAAGGUCAAGGCGAUAACCUGAGCAAGACCCCAGGUCAAACGCGAACGUCUGAGCGGCAAGACGAAAAAGAGAGACCGCAGUGCUUUCUUUGUAACAGAAAGGGUCACAGAGCUGCCGAUUGCUGGACCAACACAAAGGAUCCCGGCGCAAAGCCACCCUUCUGUGGAAAGUGUCGCCGCACCGGGCAUAAGACAGGUGACUGUCCCAAAAAGGCCAACAGCGUUGAGAAGGCCUCGUGCUCUUUACAACAAAUAGAUGGGACCAAGGCCAUUAAUUCAGAGUCACGGGCUUCCCUUUGUGUUCCCGAUAGUUCGGAGUGCAAGGGAACGCAACCGGCCAAGCUGAAUGAAAAAUCUAUGCCCACAGCCGAAGGUGUACUCGAAGGACAUCCCGCUAAGGUACUGCGAGACACGGGAUGCGACUCAAUCAUUGUCAAAAGAUCUCUUGUGGCAGAUAGCAAGCUGACAGGAAAGAUUUCUUCGAUCUACCUCUUGGACGGACGGUUGAUGAAGCUGCCUGAAGCACAUGUGGAGAUUAUUUCACCUUUUUUCACAGGCCAGACUCGAGCCAUCUGUAUGGAUAGUCCUUUAUACGAUGUUGUCCUGGGAAAUGUGGAAGGCGUUCGAGAUGCCCACAAUCCUGAUAACGACUGGAAGAGCCAUAUUUACAUCCGGAAUGCUGCAGAACAGUAUUCUGGCGCAGAAAAUUCCAGUUCUGCACAUGGGCCCUUCUACGCGAAGACUUCGACAUCGGCUGCAAGGAAACCAGGUGUCACGACAAAAGUUGCAGCGGUAAACCGACAGACAGGAAAGCCACCUCUACUACCGACACCUGUUAUUAACCCCUUGGACAUCAGCCCACAGGACUUGAGAACCAAACAAAAGGAAGACAGCAGCCUGCGGAAAUGCUUUGAAGCAGUUAACCAAGAGGUCAAGACAAAGUUUGCUGAGAUACUGUUCUUUAUGAAGGAGGGAAUCCUUCAUCGCAAGUACACGCUUCGCUCUAAGAGGCAGGUAGAUCAGCUUGUGAUACCAAGGUGCCUCCGACAUUUUGUAAUGAAAAUGGCCCACGAAGGCAUCCUCUCGGGCCAUCAGGGAAUUAAAAGAACCACCGACCGAGUACUCGAAGAGUUCUACUGGCCAGGGGUUCAAUCAGACAUCACACGAUUUGUUAAAUCGUGUGACAUAUGUCAAAGAACCAUUCCUAAGCACUUGGUGGGUCGUGUACCACUCGGCAACACUCCUAUAAUUGACACUCCAUUUAAGAGAGUAGCCAUUGAUAUCGUGGGACCAUUAUCACCGAUGUCAGAGAGCGGAAACAAGUACGUUCUCACAAUGGUGGAUAUGGCAACGCGUUAUCCCGAUGCCGUAGCACUGCCGAGCAUCGAGACGGAGAGAGUUGCUGAGGCGCUCCUGGAGAUGUUUUCUCGUGUAGGAGUCCCACGGGAGAUAAUCAGUGACAGAGGCACAUCAUUCUUGUCACGUCUAAUGAAGGAGCUAAGCCGACUUCUCUCUUUCACACAACUGCCAACAACCCCAUAUCAUCCCAUGGCUAAUGGCCUUGUAGAGAGGUUCAACGGUACACUGAAGCAGAUGAUACGAAGAAUGUGUCAGGAGAGUCCGAAGAAAUGGGACCGAUACUUGGCGCCCUUACUCUUCGCUUAUCGCGAAGUUCCCCAGUCCAGCUUAGGCUUCUCCCCGUUCGACUUGCUCUACGGCCGUUACGUCAGAGGUCCCCUGGCGAUAUUAAAGGAAUUAUGGGCCGCGGAUCAUCUUGAUGAUGAUAUAAAAACAUCCUACGGGUACGUAGUUGAAGUGCGGAAUCGUCUUGAAGACACCUGCCGUUUAGCCAAGGAGGAGCUUCAGAAAGCGAAGAUGGUACAGAAGAAGCAUUAUGACCGAAAGGCCAGACCACGUCAAUUAUCCCCUGGAGACAAGGUUUUACUACUUCUCCCAUCGGAAACCAACAAAUUGAUUCUGACGUGGAAAGGGCCCUUUACUGUCCUUGAGAGGAGAAAUGAUGUCGAUUAUGUCAUUGACCUCGGUUCCAGAAGUACGCUAUUCCACAUAAACUUACUGAAAAAGUAUGAGGAACGGCCGCCUGCACCACCACAUGAAGCAUCAGCUGUUUGCCAGGCGGAUGACACCGAAAGCGACGAGCUACCAUGCGUACCAUUCCAACGAAAGGAAUCGUCUGCCGACUGUCAUACGCAAGCCGCAGACUGCAACCACGCGAAGCUGCUUACUCUACAGUGGAGCGAGAGGCUCUGGCUCUUACGUGGGCGGUCCGAAAAUUUCAUAUCUACUUAUUCGGCCGCACGUUCAUUCUACAGAGUGACCACAAACCGCUUGUGUACAUCAAGUCGGCCAAGCAUGUAAACAGCCGCGUGUUACGGUGGAGCCUCAUACUUAUGGAGUACGACUUUUCGGUCGAGUACAUAAAAGGCAGCGAAAAUGUAGGC